AUGGGCGUGGCUCGUAUCGAAGAAAUCAUCCAAACAGUCAAAGUUCUGGGAAGAGUGAGAGUGCGAGAUCAAAAGGAAGGGAUCGCUCCAGGUUUCCUGUCUGUGUUCUGUGAGUUCAAAGAAGAGGUUAAUCCAUCUCUCUUACCUGUCGAACAUAGACCCGAGGUGAGUGCAAAGCCUUGGAAGAUCAUUGUAGCCUGUAGUGAUGAGGCCCGGCAAACAGGAUUUGAAGGGAAACUAGCAGAUUUGUUGGUACAAGAAGGAAAGUCUCUCCUUGAUCUUCGAGCUAUGUUCUCAUCGUCUAGCUCAGAGUCAGGGACUCCAGAAUCCAUAAUCCGUGCUGUGAGCGAUUUGCUGGAAAAGACCUCUAAACCAGUAAGUGAUGGCAGUGCAUACCGACGUUUAAGAACCUUUUCAGGAGCUGUUCCUACUCCUGGGGGAGAAGAAGCUUUGGAGAGCUGGAUGGAUCAAGCCAGGAUGAUGGUUAUGGAGUGCGACUGCUCAGACAGGGAAAAACGCAGACGUAUCAUUGAAAGUUUCCGGGUCCGCAUUGGAGAGUCAGCUGAAGAUUUGUACUUCGUGUUUAGGUUACUGAGGCAGGAUCUUGGGGAAACUCUCUCUGAUUUUCUGAUGCGACUAGAGAAAGCACUUACCAAAGUGGUGAAGAAAGGCGGGUUAUCGUCAAGAGGAAGUGCAGACAAGGCAAGAGUGGAGCAGUUGAUCAGAGGAGCUGUAGAAUCAGACCUGCUAUUGCUUCAGCUGAGACUGAGGGAGAGACGAGAAGAUCCACCUGAUUUCCUUGCUCUUUUAAAUGAAAUAAGGGAAGAAGAAGAGACUGAAGCCGCCCGACAUAGUUUGGGGGUGACUGCAAAACCUGUCCCCAGGCCACGGCAGAAGAUGACUAACAUUGCUGUGAGAGAGUUACAGGCUGAGAUCCAGGAAUUGCGGAUGCAAGUAGCUGAAAGCCCUUCAAAAAUGCCAGUUGCUGAAAGAGCGUCAAGAGAAGUGAUGAGCAAGAGGGAGACUGACCUUUCACCGGAAGUGCUCGCCUUAAAGAAACAGGUUCAGAGGCUAGAGGAGCAGCUAACAUCACUAAGUUUCAGACAAUCACCCCAAGGCACAAGACACACCCAAUAA